GCUGUGACCGAAAUGGCUCCCUACUCCCUCAUUAGUGUUGCGCUAUGUUGGGAGAUACUAAUAAGUUCACUAAUUAGUGGUAAAACGGGAGUGAAUUCGGACACUAACUCAUCAUUAUCAUGCGCCAGCACCGGUCGCAUAAACACACACAGGUGAGAGAGGGGCUGAGCUGUGUUUAAAACGCCAUAAACACACGAGCUGAGCUCUGAAUUAAAGUUAGUGAAGCUCUGAGCUGAUCAUGAAGUUGUUUAUCUGUUUGUUAUAUUUACGCUGUUUAGAAGAUGAUCCUCACAUUACUGAACUACAUGAAGAAAACCUUAAAAAUAGCAGCGUACACCGGCUCGCACUGUUGCCAGAUUGGGUGGUUUCAUGCCAAAUGUCGAAUUGUGUCUGAAAUUGUUUGGAGGAAACGCUGUGAUUUGACAGGUGAACAAAACUACCAAGUGUAAAGAGUUGGGAAAUUUAACUCAUCGGUGUUGCAGUUAGAUAUCUAACCCUGCAGAGACAGAGCUUUUAGUCCUGAUGAUGGAAAUUUGAAGCUGUGUUUAUGUUCGUUAUUAUAUGUGAGUAAGUUAUUUCUUUCUUUCAUUGCUUGCAAGGUUGUUUUUAUGUACUUUUUUACGUUUUUGUUUCGUUUGUCCAAUGAUACAAGGCACGAAACACAUAAUACAAAUAUGCAGAUAAACUCAUUUAAAUAUAAUUUUUGUAAUCAGUGAUAUUUAAGAUAUUUAUGGUAUUUUAGUUAAGAUCAUGUUGGAAUAAACCCUGUAAUAUUGUUAAUAUGACGAACAUCAGCUGUUUGGGUGGUUUUCUCUGUAAUUUUGUGGAUUUGAAACACGUUUUACCCUGUAAAUUGGUUUUAUCUGAAUCCCACUGUAACAAUCUGGCAACCCCGGUGACUCGCUGUCCGCUCCGUUUCUUCGGCUGUCUGUUGCUUAGUUGCGAGACCCGCAAAGCAUUUUGGGACACAUUCAGCUCGCUUAGUAAGCAGCGAAGUUUACUAUAAAUCAUGAUGUAUUGUGGGAGUUUGUAGUGCCCUCACAAUCACGUUCGAAUCCCCCCUUAUGAUUCGGACACUCAAAGAAAAAUGGUUGACAUACUCAAUAGUGCCCUAACUAGUAAAUAGGGAGCCAUUUCGGUCACAGCCCCAGUCUGCAGCAAUACAUACUUGCAGAGCGCUGAUCAGAUUAUAGGUGGAUGCAGUUCCAUACCCAAACACUAGUGCUAUUGAGUCGGUUUUAUUCAAUUCAUGUCUAGAAAGGGUUCUACAGGAAGCAGGUGUUACAGACUGGCUGCAGUGUUUCUGGGUCUGCUGUGUGUUCUCCUGCUGACGGGCAUCACACUGCUGUGGAUCCAGUUCAACCACCUGACUGCAGAGAGAGACCAGUUACAGACCAGUAACACCAACCUGACUGCAGAGAGAGACCAGUUACAGACCAGUUACACCAACCUGACUGCAGAGAGAGACCAGUUACAGACCAGUUACACCAACCUGACUGCAGAGAGAGACCAGUUACAGACCAGUAACACCAAUCUGGCUGCAGAGAGAGAUGGGCUCCAUAGAAGAUUUUCUGACCUGGUAAAAGCCAAUGGAGAGGUAUGGAUCUACUUCAGCUCCAGUCUUUACUACGUCUCUACUGUGAAGAAGAGCUGGACUGAGAGCAGAGACGACUGCAGAGAGAGAGGAUCAGACCUGCUAAUCAUCAACAGCAGAGAAGAACAGGUGAGAGAGAGAGAGACUGUUGAUCUCACAGGCUUCCUACAGAGUUCUGGGGAACUGAAGAACCCAACGGUUACAGAAAUGAGGACUGUGUUAUAA